AUGAAAGACAACAAAAUCUAUGUUAAACAGAUCUUGAUACAAUUACACAUGACAAAUACUUCAAACACUAAAAUCGUGAAUGCCAUAAAAAAUUUGGACCAAAAAGUACAAAUUAUUAUGAUAUCGGAUUCUAGAAUUAAAUCUUUAGCUCUACCUAUUCCCACAUUACCCACUGCUUUCAUUAAUUUACUACCGGCAAAAUCCAUUGAAGAAGUAGAUUUACUAGAAUCUCUUUUAUCAGAUGAGACUGAUGGGUUAAAGAAUCAAGAAGAAUUGAAAACUUAUGUUUAUAUGAAAGUUGGAAGUAUUAAUUCCUUUAGUGCAGCAAUACGACAAGCAAUUGACACAUGCUUUAUUUAUAAAAUAUUAUCUACCUUCAGUUAUAAAGGGAAAACAAAACGAGGUUUUGUUAAUUUAAAAUUAUUCUCAAUCUUUUAUGCAGCUUUGUCUGGUUUUCGAACUGAUAAACAGAAAGAAAUUACAUUCCACAAUGUUACAGACAAUUACAUCAGACAUUCUGGCUUUCUAGUCUCAAAAGAAAUAUCAUCUUCAGUGUUGUAA